AACGCGGGGCACGUCCCCGCCGCUCCUCGGAAGUGUCGGGCUCCGCUUCCGGCCCCGAGCCGCCGUCCCAAGAUGGCGCCGCUGGACCUGGACAAGUACGUGGAGAUCGCGCGGCUCUGCAAGUACCUGCCCGAGAACGACCUCAAGCGCCUCUGCGACUACGUGUGUGACCUGCUGCUGGAGGAGUCCAACGUGCAGCCCGUCUCCACGCCCGUCACGGUCUGCGGGGACAUCCAUGGGCAGUUCUACGACCUGUGCGAGCUGUUCCGGACCGGCGGGCAGGUCCCCGACACCAACUACAUCUUCAUGGGUGACUUUGUAGAUAGAGGUUAUUAUAGUCUUGAGACUUUCACUUACCUGCUUGCACUAAAAGCUAAGUGGCCCGAUCGUAUCACACUGUUGCGAGGCAAUCACGAGAGCAGGCAGAUAACACAGGUGUAUGGAUUUUAUGAUGAGUGCCAAACCAAAUACGGAAAUGCUAAUGCUUGGAGAUACUGUACCAAAGUCUUUGACAUGCUCACGAUAGCGGCUUUAAUAGACGAGCAGAUCCUCUGUGUGCACGGCGGCCUCUCUCCAGACAUCAAGACACUCGAUCAAAUUCGAACCAUUGAACGUAAUCAAGAAAUUCCUCACAAAGGCGCCUUCUGUGACCUGGUCUGGUCUGACCCAGAAGACGUCGACACAUGGGCCAUCAGCCCGCGAGGAGCAGGCUGGCUCUUCGGUGCGAAGGUGACGAAUGAGUUUGUCCACAUCAACAACUUAAAGCUCAUCUGCAGAGCGCACCAGCUGGUUCACGAGGGCUACAAAUUCAUGUUUGAUGAGAAAUUGGUAACGGUAUGGUCGGCUCCAAACUACUGCUACCGCUGUGGAAAUAUCGCCUCAAUCAUGGUCUUUAAAGAUGUAAAUACAAGAGAACCAAAGCUAUUCCGUGCAGUCCCGGAUUCAGAACGUGUAAUUCCUCCCAGGACAACCACGCCGUAUUUCCUCUGAGGCCCUCCCCGCCUGCUGCCUCCCUCCUCCCCUGUACCGUCCCCUUUACAAUAUACUUUUUAUCGAGCACUUUGCUGCUGAAAUGCUGCCUCUUGCCUUUUUUAUUUUUAAAUUAUCUAAAUUUAUUGUGUAUGAUGGUGUCUGUAGCAAGUUGUUUUGGUUUUAUUUCCCCUUUACCCUUAGAUUAAUUUCAGAGUAUUUGUAACAUGUCCUUGAGAUUUAUACUACUGCAUGUAGUUCUCGCGCAUUUCGGGGUGUAGAUGAGCCAUUCCCGUGGCUCCGGGUGGGAAGCGCCUCGCUCCCGCCGGCUCUCCCUUCCCUUUGGUAAGUUUUAAAGGAAAUUUCAGCAGCAAAGUUCCUGCCUGAUGCUGUGACGGGGGUUGUGCAUCCCGUCACCGCUUGUUUUACGUGGAUAACGUGGCCAAGAAGGGCUGUUUUUCCCUGUCCCCGCAUAUCCCCCCGGGUUUAUUUUGUUUUCCUUAGAUCCCGGUUCCAAACGCACCGACCUGCUACAGCGAUGGGGUUUGUACAUUAAAAUCAUUGUUCUGAGUUUU